AUGGAAAUCGACUACUACAUAAAUGGGAGAUGUGAGGCACACGACAAAGAGCAGUUGUGUGGUGCAGAGCAAGUUUGUCAAGAAGAUUAUCAUUCACCUGCUGGAUACAAGUGCAAAAAUUUAGAAAACAUUGCACUUGGAAAAGACGCCAGCCAGUCAACUAGCCGUCUAGAUGGGAUCGCAAGCAAUGCUGUGGAUGGAAUUGACACUACAAACUACAAUGCAGGUUCCUGUACCCAUACAUUAGACAUUGCCCCAGAUUGGUGGAGGGUUGAUUUCGGCAAAAAUGCUGUUGUUCAUUCAGUAAAAAUCACAAAUAGAGGUGAAUGCUGUGAGGAUCGUCUUUCAGACUUCAACAUUGUAGUUGGCAACAGUAUUGAAGGCAAUGGCGGCAGCAAUACAGUGUGUGUAGUUAGUCAAAGUGUCCCAGAAGGUGGCACAAAGCUGUUUCUAUGCCGUCCUAGGCUUAAUGGCAGAUACUUGUAUAUACAACAAAACAGAGCGGAGGCAUUAACACUGUGUGAAGUGAGGGUAUUUGGCGAAUUUCUCGAAUGAAACUAGUUGUCCAAUGACUGGACAUAAGACGCACGUCUGAUUAUCGCACAAUCAAGGUUUGACGUUGAGAGCAGCUCCCUUUAUAAUUAUCAAACCCUGUGUUAUCUGGUUUGAUUAUCACAGUAGCUGCUCCUAAAAUUCUUACUAUUUUUAAAUAUUACAAUCUAAAAAAUGCAAGCAUGUUACCAAAUUGCACUUUUAAACGUCAAAGACAAACAACUUUUGCUUUUAUUCAGUUUUUCACAUUUAGUAAAAUAUAAAUGUUUGA